CUGUAAGUAUAAUCUGCGUUACACAAAUGCAUGGAUGACUUUGCGAUGAACUGACCAAUGUAAAGUUAUUUUCCAAUCAAUAAAUACAUAAGUAGUACUUACCGGAUACUUUAAUUGAAGGGUGUAAAUUUAAAGCGUAAUUAUUAACGAGGUAUUAAUCUUGCGGGAUUCGGUGAACGCUCCUAAACAAAGAGAAGGAUGUGUUAUUUGUUUUGAGAGUGCUUCACGUGAUAUUAUCCGCGGUAUUAGCUGUCAAAAAAAUUUUAGCCACCGAGUUACCAAUGCUAAUGAUGUAAUUAGUCGAUCAAUCGGACGUUUGUACUGAUAAAACGAUCGAUUUCAUCGUCGAAUGAUGACUACGGUAAUUGACAUACCUCCAUCUUUCACCAAAAAUACUUCUGAUGAAGUACUUCCUUCAUAUCAACAUGCACCUUCGCAAGAUGGGUCAUAUACUUCAGCACCUCCACCUCCAGGAUAUUAUCCGAGUGCAAGUACACCUAAUAAUCAUAACUUUGUACUAUCUUAUGGUUCUACACAAUCAACAACUACACUCCUUGAACCUGAUAUUGUUGUAGUCGGUGGAUGUCCUGCCUGUAGAGUGGGUGUAAUGGAAGAUGAUUAUUCAUGUCUUGGAUUACUGUGUGCAAUUUGUCUUUUCCCUAUUGGGAUAAUUUGCUGUUUAAUGUUAAAAACACGACGUUGUUCCAAUUGUGGUGCCUACUUCAAUUAAUUUGUUAUGAUCAAAAUAAUAUAAUAGUUGUAAGGUUUAAAGCUAGGUAUAUUGAUAAGUACACAUUGAAAAAUAAUUUUUUAUCAAUUUUAUGCAGCUAUAUAAAUAGUCUGAUACACACUUCACGGUAAGCCAUACAGCUCACCUGAUGUUUAUGCAAGUUAGAUUCAUUUUAAAUCCAAUGAAAAUUAUACUUUUUAUAGUUGUAUAAAAAAAUAUAUGAUUAAUCUUGAUAUACUUUUCUGCAAUACAUUUUAAUAAUAACAAUGAAUUCAAAGAAGCGUUAUGUUAUAUUUUUAGGGCGUUAUUUUAAUGUAUUUUAUAAGAAUGUAAAAUUGUAAAUUUAUUUGUAACAUUAGAGCCAGUAACGUGCGCAUUCAAUGCACAGCGAAUGUAAAAAGAUGCAAAGAUGUCUGACACAGAGUUCGUUAGAACUUCCAUACAACCAGUUUAUAACUUUUGUUAAAAUACAUGUUAAUACGAUUGAGAUUGACACUUUUAUCUCCCUGUAAAACUUAAUACUGUGUAGCAACGAUUUUUGGUGCAUAACUUGAUUUUUUAGAGUUUAUAUAAAAUGUUUGAAUCUCAAGGGAAACCAUCAAUUUAUUGUUUCCCUUAUGCGAAAAUGUAAUCAGCGGAAAGCCGAUAUGUUUAUAAUGAUGUGAAUGUAUGAAUGCAAAAUCUUAAUGAUAAUACAUAUUAAUUGCUCACAUUAUGAUGUAUAUUAUUAUACAAAGAACAGUACUAAGAAACAGGGAAUCGCUCUGCUACUGUAACAUCUGUGGAAUUUAUUGCUACCUGUACAUGGUAUGCGCAUGAAAAAUAUAGAUUUCAUACUUUGAUAUGUGUGGUGUUUGUCUUCUUUUAGUAAAAUAUCCAUUUGAAUCUAUCAAUUUAAAUUUUUCAAUGUGUGAAUUUUCGAAAAUUGAUUUAAUUUUACACUGAAUACUAAGUAUGUUAAUGCAGAGACUUUAUAGUUAAGAAAAUUAAUUCUUAUGAACAAUAUGUAAAGACUGAAAUUGGUAUUAAAACUUGUUGAAUUUAUCAA